UACAGACAGACAGGCAUAGAGAAAAAAAAGGUAGAGACAGACAGAGAGAAAGACAGAAAGAGAGAGAGCCCAAAAGAAGAGAGCAAGUUAGAAAGACAGAGAGAGCAAGGGACAGAGAGAGAUAGAGACAGACAGAUGGAGCACGAGAGAGAGACAGAGAAAGCGAGGUAGAACAACAGACAGACAGAGAGACCGAGAAAGAGAGCGACAGACAGAGAGACGGAGGCUGAUGGAGAGACAGUGAGCGAGAUAAAGAGACAGACAGAGAUAGAGAGAGCCUGAUGAAGAGAGAGAGACAGACAGAGACAACAGACAGAAAGCAACAGAGAGACAGAAAGAGAGAGAGAGAGCAAGAAAGAGAUGGCGACACAGACAGAGAGAAAGAGCGCGAGAUAAAGAGAAAGAAAGAGAGAGAGACUGAUGGAGAGAUAUAGAGCGCGAGAGAGAGUGAGAGAGUUUAACUUCCUGUUUUUUUUGCAGCACAAAACACUGCACUGGGGUGGGAUUAGCAGUAACUCUGCUGGGUUUAGUGCUGUUCUCUGGUCUAUAUGACUGACCAGCGGCUGUUUUACGCGUUAAAUCGCGAUAAAUUCUAUAUUCGUGGAUGGAUUUAAUCUGGGAGAGGAGAGCAUGGACAGCUCAGUGACCCUGUGGCAGUUCCUGCUCCAGCUCCUUUUGGACCCCAGCAACGACCAGCUCAUCUGCUGGACCAAUGAGGACGGGGAGUUCAAGCUGCUGCAGGCGGAGGAGGUGGCCAAGCUGUGGGGUGCUCGCAAAAACAAACCCAGCAUGAACUACGAUAAACUGAGCCGGGCUCUGCGCUACUACUACGACAAGAACAUCAUUAAGAAAGUGAAUGGCCAGAAGUUCGUGUACCGCUUUGUCUCCUACCCGGAUAUUCUGAAAGGCGAUAUCAUGGCCAAGGUGGACGGGCCUGCAGAGGGGGGCACGGGGAGCUCCUCCCUUCCACUGCCUGACAAAAACACCAGCACAACAGACAACAAAGAAAUCAAAGCAGCAGGAGAGCGGGGAAACGGAGCUCUCGGCCUGCCGAAACCUUCUAGUCGGAAUGACUACAUCCACUCAGGUCUGUACACCUCCUUCACCCUGACCUCCCUGCAGUCCGGAACACAGCUUUUCAAGUCCAUCAAAAUGGAAAACCCUGGAGAGAAGCUGGCUGAGAAGAAAGCCGGCCUUGAGGCUUCUCCGCAGCCCUCACAGCCGCCCUCGGUCAUCAAAUUCGGCACCGCUCCUCCAAGCAGAGCUCUUCAGCAGGCUUCAGAGAAGACGUCCCUGCCCGUGCACCCCCUCCAAGCCCCGCUCCCCGUAUCAGAGAUUGAGAGCAAGCAGCAGGCCGGCCAGCACGUGGUGUGCUCGCUUGAAGUGGUGGCUGGAACGGAGACGGCCCCGGCAGCUUUCCGCCUUUCAGGGAUCUCCCCUUCGCUGCCCUGCCGCUCGCCUUCCCCCAGCACCCUGCAGGACUCUCAGGAGCUGGUGAUCGACACCGACAUCGAGUCCAUCUCCUCCCAGCCCUCUGAGCUCCAGCUGCAGGUGUCCAGUGAUACUAUCCACACCUCAGAGUCAGAGAUGUCGCUGUCUCCAGCUCGCAGCCUGAGUGGCAAGUCCAAAAAGCCCAAAGUUCUGGAGCUGAGGCCCACGCUGCUGGUGACAAGCUCAGACAUGAGCCCCCUUACUCUCUCCAGCCCCUCGCUGCCCACAGCCUUCCUGCAGACGCCCCUACUGCUCACGCCCAGCCCUCUUCUCUCCAACAUUCACUUCUGGAGCACGCUCAGUCCCGUCGCCCCUCUCAGCCCUGCCCGUCGCCAGGGGGCGCACACCCUCUUUCAGUUCCCCUCUGUCCUGGGCUCCACCCAGAUAUCCGUGCCAGUACACAGCCUAGACGGCACCAACACACCAGGACCUCUGUCUCCAGACCCACAGAAGACAUAAACAGAGAUGAGGACUGCUGGUGUCGGUGGGUUUGUUCGCCUCUACACAAACUGUGUAACGUGUAUCGUUCGUCCCCAGCCCCCGGCUGUGUUCUUCUACAUUAAGGUGCAGACGCCACCUUAGCCGUGUGCUCGUUGACCAAAUUCCGCCCCUCUUUUAUGGAAAGGAGGACAAGUAUUCAAGAUGUUGAUUGCUGGUGGUGGAAGCUUCUUUGGGUGUUCAGGACGGGUAUAUAUUCACAGCAUCCCUGAAAGGCAAUCACAAUCAAUAUCAUUGUCUGUGUCAUUUGGAGACAUACGAUCAAAAGGAUUACCACAUAAACUUCUGUCCUGUUUGGUUGUGGUAUUCUUAUGAGAACUGCGUUUGGCCUUCAGGGAAUCCUCAAACACAUUUUUUUAUUCUUUCUUUAAAAAAGGGUAUAUAUUAUCAUAGAAAUCAGCGAAGCCUCAAUGUUUAAAGAAGACAGUGUCCCUCUCAAUCAGGAUACUAUCAUAAUUCUUAUAGUUCUUAUAGUGAAAGUUUGUUGGAAAUGACUUCUUAUCUGUUUUACUGAGUGCGUAUACAUGUACGUUCAUAAUCGGGUUACUGCAGAUAAUUAUAAGAUUAUAUAAGUCUGUUUCAUUUGAUUAAAGAUUAAGAAAUCUGAGAUACAGAGUGCUGUAGUAAUCAGUAGGUCAGUAAUUGUGUUUCUCAGUUCUUGCAUACUCUUAACCGGAGUAUGCCACGACUUCUGGUGCUGGAAAUAGAUGAGCAGCAUUUACCCAGCACACAGGAGAGCCCUGUGAGGCAAAUGUUUGCAUUUUUAAUGUAAAAAAAAAAGAUCUGCAGUAUGAUGUUUUGGUUUUCGUCUAGAGCUGGAUGAUAUGACCAAAAUUGAUAUAAAUUUGUUAGUCUUAAUCACAUUCUUAAAAAUUGCUACUUAAAUACUAAAAUACUUUUAUGCAUAAUAUAGUGAUUUUUAAUUCAGUUUUUGCUGCACAUCAUCCACUUGAACAUUUGGAUUUUUACACAUUCUCUGUAAUUGAAGUAUAUUUUUGAUACAAAAAAAAUCACGAUAUGACCAAAUGUCGUCAAAUUGGCUAGCCUUAAGUAUUUUGUGAUUUUAUUGGCUGGCUACUAAGCAAAGAUCUAAUAAUUGCCUGACUCAAGUAAACCCUAGUGUUUUCCAUUCAAAGUCACAUUCAAAGUCGGAUUACUGCAGUUAUCUGAUCAUUAAAUUAAUCAUGUAAACGGUGUACUUUGAUUUUUUUAGAUUGAAGGAAGGUCUUUAAAUUAAUUUUAAGAAAUUAAGAAAUUCGAUAAGGAGAGGAUUUGUCCAUCUGUGCAUGUGUGAAAACGCACCCUAAUAGCAUUAGCAUUACCCAGCAUUACCCGAGUUCAAAAACAUGCACACGAAAACUUUGAUGUCCUGCAGUAAUGAAAUUUUGAAAUGCAUGUAAACGCACUCAAUAUUCCUCUCAAUCAGGAUACUAACAGAGUAUCCUCAUCCUACUUUGUUGUAAAGGAGUUAUUGGUUUGUAAAAUACUGAUUCUCAUAUGAAAUGAUAACUGUACUAAUGAGGUAUCGACAGCACAGACACAAAGUUUAAUCACGUAUCUCUUCAGAUCAGCUGUUUAACCCGUUUUUCGUUAUGUCUUUUGCCAAGCCAAACCUUUCCUUCUGUACCUUCUUUGCCUUCUUACUCCGGGUGAAUGUGAGCAAACCUUUCCUUACGUCGCACCCGCCGCCAUAUAUAUCUACAAGCACCUUGACAUUUCUGCCACAGAGCUCGGAUCAGUCAGGCGAAAACGCACAUAGACACAAACCUAGCUGCACUGACAUCAUCUCGAGGACUCUUCGAAAUCUCUCCAGAAUGCCUAGAGAUAAUAGUGUGUAGUUAAGCUGUGGUGAAGAAUGGCCACGAUGACUCUAGAUGAGGCCUAGAUGCUUAUUUUUUUAUCUAAGGAAGUGCUUUCAAGACUGUUAAAAUAGAAUAUAGAGUAUAUAUAUAUAUAUAUAUAUAUAUAUAUAUAGGAAUAUAGGUUUUCCUAUAUUUGAAAUUCUUAGGUUUAGGUUAGUUAACUAGCUAAAUGAAUGUUGGCAGCCAACGUGUGAGAUAAAAUAAUUUAACACAAAAAAUAAUAUCAUUUGCAAUUCUUCUUCUUUAAAAAAAAAAACCUACCUGUGUUCACUCUGGCAGGUGGCCCUACUGUCUAACUGUUUAAGGGUGUUUUCACACCUGUAGUUUGUAUAAUUUUCUGGUCCAAAUCAGUUGAUAAGUUUGUUUAUUUGGAGCGUUUUCUCAAACCGUUGGUUUGGUUUGGUUUGGUUUCACACAGGCAAAAACCUAAACGCACUAAAAUGCGCCUCAACAAAAUACGCAAACACAUCUGAUUGUCUCUUCUGAUUGGUCAGAGCUCUCAGGCGCAGGAGCACGAGAGUUAAUACAGCAAGAAGGUUCUGGAGUUCAUUUGGAACCGGACCAAGACAUCUCCUCUCGUGGGUCUUCUGAGUGCAGUUACUGUUUUCACACCUGCUGAAACAAACCGCACUAAAGCCCUGUCUGGACGGGAUUAGUUUCUCAGGGGGACGUCUGUGAAAAAUAUUUCACACUUCUACUCAGUGAUGAAACUCUUGUAUCCAGACUGUAAGUGAAAAAACUGGAGGAUCAGUGAGGUUUUUUUUUUGGCUUUCUCGGUCACAUGACAUCACGGCGUUCAGUAGCUCCUCCAUUUCCACUCACUGUUUUUUUUUUUUUUUUUACGUGUAUCUCUCUAAAAAUGUGUACCGAAAGUGUAAAAGGACGUCUGAGAAAAACACGUACAUGGUCGUUCUGGACGGGAAUAAAAUCACAGAAGACUCCCUAUAAAAUAGGGAAUUACGCCAGGACCCCCUGAAAAACUAAUCCCGUCCGGAUAGGACUAAAGGGUGCAAAUGAACCAGAGUUUAUUUUAACCGGACCAAAUAGUGCUGGUGUGAAAACGCCCUAAGCAGAAGCUGGGGACCUCAGAAGUUCUGCUCCUCCAGAACCGUGGUGCAGCACAACAUGAAGCACAAAUGUGCAGCAGAUUGUUCAAACAUAAAACUUAGAACAAUACAAUAAAUAGAACUAUAACAUGACAGUGGCCCAAAUAAUUUGUUUGGGCCAACCAGCUUAGAAUGUAUCUUAAACAUAUCAUAAUUCAUUUGUAAAACAUUGAACAAAAAAAAAAAUCUCAUAGGAAGCAACAGGUCGUUUGUCACUCUGGCGCUUGCGAGUGUGAAUUCAGGGUUAGUAAGUCUUGUAAACUCAAGUAAAACAGAAGUAAAACAAAAAGGAAAAUGAAGCCUUACUACAUGAAAUGUAAAAUACUUUUACCUAAUUCUACACAACUUUUGUUUGGUGCUUUUACUAUGAAACACAUCAAGAACAACGUCCUCAUUUUCCGCAGCUUGCAGCAGAUCUACUGCGCAUGUUUAGCUAAGAUUAGUGCAUUGCUGUUUUCUGUUGCUGAAGUAAUUAUUUUCCAGUUGGUAAGCAAGCAAAUGCCACUCAUUAAACUCCUCUGGCAUGCGAUCAAGUACAGGAAAUUGAUUUGUGGUUGUUGCACAGUGCACAAAGUCCUACCUCUGAAACUCUAAAUUAGGAUCUCAGCAAGCCAUGAUUAAAACUGACAGCACUUACUAUGAAAUGCAAAACUGGAUAAAGGCUACAAGCAGCCUUGACAAAACAUUGAUAUUAGUCAUUACAAAGUUUGCAAAAGGCAGCACUUGAGGAGCGGCUCAACUUUCCGCAGUCCUUUUACUGUUGUGCAGUCUAGUGUGGUGGAGAAUGCGGGCUGGGAAACAAAUGUGAAAUAACUAAAAAUGGAAAAUUGGAAAGUCAUUUAGCAUCUCACAGAUUGGUCUCAGGUAUACUUAAUGUUUUCCCCAUUGUAUUUAGCAUUUUUCGCACUAUAAGGUGCACCUAAAAUCCUUAAAUUGUCCCAAAAAACGUCAGUGCGCCUUUUAAUCCAGUGCGCCUUAUGUAUGAAUUGUACCAGUCAGGUUGUAAGGAGCAGUAAAGCUACUCCGAUAAAUGACAGAGUAAAAGGGAGUUAGCAGGGUAGCGCUGCUAACCGUGGCUGGCUAGCACUGCUAACCGCAGCUAGUGUUCACCCUUGGACAAAAUAUUGGAAAUCUAAGCUUACCGUAGAUAAACGGAAGUUCUUUACUCACCCAAAUAAACAGUUUUCAGAAGAGAAAUCUGUGUUGAUUAACAUCCAGCAUUCGUUUGUAUUCAUUUUACACUUAUAGUCCAAAAAAUAUGGUAAAUUAACAAUGUAUUUCUAAUAUUUCAUGCCUACCAUUAUGUUGGACAGUUUGGUGUUAAUGUUUGGUGGAUUGGUGCAUAUUGUACAGUGUGAGUCACGCAGACUGAAAGUUUUUUUUUUUUUUUUUUAAGACCAGAGAAUUUAAAACCUCCUUCCCAGAAGUGUUAUGUUAUUAACCUGCUUAAAUCCAACACACUUUUUUUUAAUUAGUCAUAACUUCCGUCACUCUAAUAAAGCACUUUUUGUGCAUUUCAAAUGCAGCUCGAAGUGCUGAGGAAAAAGAAAAAAAAGACUUUAUAACAAAAGCAUGGUCGGACACAAUUAAUGGAAAAAUACAUAAAUGUAAUUGGGAAGCCACUGAAAUGUAAAAGAAGAAAAGUAAUAAAAAGGAAAAUGGAUAAAAACAUAAAAAAAACUGAACAAAUCAACUUUAAAGCAGCAAAUCCAAUAAAACUAAUAAUAAGGAAAAAAAAAAGAAAAAGAAACUUUUGAGAGGGUACAUGUAUAAAGGAAGCGGGUUCCAAUUUGUGUCUUGUUUGACUUUCUAAUAUAUGAAUAUUUUUCAAGCCUACGCUUCAGAAGUCGGGAACUCACAGCCGUGCGAAUGUGGUGCCUUAACUGAAUCGGCUUUCUGCUGCCAAAUAAAGACGGGCGAGGAGAAGUAUAGGACUGUUUCAUGGCCUCUGGUGCUUGUGAGAGCCAAGAACUGAAAGGCAUGCAUGAGUUGCAUGCAAAAGUUUGGGCACAUCAGGUUAAAAUACUUUACAGGAAUGAUAUUUAAAAUCUACAGUGAACCACAAUUUCGUACAUCGCCACAUGAUUUAUUAUUAAAUUUAUUGUUCUCUGACAUCUACUUACUGUUGAAACCAAGUUUAGGGUUAGGGUAGAGAAAAGAACAGGCCCUCCCAUGUUUUUUUUUCAUAGAAUGAAACACUGAGAUCCUGUUAAUACCUGGUUGGUCACUUUGUGUAUCUUGAGUAUUAAGAUCAUAUCUUGAUAAGGCUAAGGCAGACUUAAAUUGCAAGUGAAAACGCACCACUGUUUUGGACACUGUUUUCCCAGCAAUAACUGUGAUAAACAAUAUUGCAAUUAAUUUUAAGACCAUUUAAACACACAUGCUUUGGAUUUCAGUUUGAUAUGUAAAUACUUAAAACUAGGCCUGUCUUGAUAAUCAAUUUAGGGCUUGAACCUUAUCACGAUCCAAACAGGAUACUGCCUGGGAAGAAACUGGAAUAAUUAAGACUAUAAGAGGAAAAUCAGUGUUUUAUUCAGGGGGAAAAACAGGGUUGUAAAUAAGCUUCUACAACAGCACCUGACCAUUUUCACAAUUACUAUUUAUAUAAUAACUUAAAAAAAACAACAACAGAAAAACAACCUAAAAAUCUGAAAUAAAUGCAUUCUGUGGUCAUUUUAAACUGUAAAGCAGUGAGUUUUCUGUAGGGAAUUUUCCCUUUCACUUCUCAACACAGCUUUUAUCUUCUGAUGCCCAAACUCCUGCACACAACUGUGAUGUGAUCUGAUGCAUAGAGUAGGAAUAUUUUGGAGGUUAUGAACUGGCGCUAACUCUUCUGUACAUAUGCUAACUCCUCUGUUUUAAGGCUCUGUUGAAGCUGGUUAGUGAAAUAUAGUCCUGUAUUGAAUACUUCAUGCGAUUAUGGGUUUCUGAAGUGCGUAUUUUGGUUGUAAUGGACGUUCCUCGUGCUACAUUUACCUCGGGAUAUCUUUUGUGGUUAAUUUCCUUUUAUUUGUGUCUUUAUAUUUAGAUUGAAACAGUAUCAUGUGUGGGUGGCGUGUGUGACGAUAGUCUAAUACCCACCUAGUAGAAUGUUUGGUAAUGUUGUAAUGUUGCUGCAAUCUCACUUUAGUGUCCGUUUUAGUUUUAGAAAUGUUACUUUUAACAUUACUCUAAUGUUAGCGUUCUAAUUACGCUGUGAUGCAAACCAUUAUUUUUGUCACACGUUUUCAGAACCUUCCUUUAAAGUUACAGGCUCACCUUACUGGAAUCUUUUUCGGAUGUUCUAAGGCAGGGGUGUCCAAACUUUUUUUGUUGGGGGCCAGAAGUAGAAAUAUAUUUGAAGUCACGGGCCACAGACUCUGUAAUAAAACAAAUAAUGAAAUAUACCACUUUAAAUAGUACUUUUUUUUUCUGAUUAUUUCAUUUACACAACAUUUUACUUGAUUUACUAUCUUUAUCUUUGACAGUGUUGUGUAAAUUAAGAUUUUUCAAAUUGAUGUUUAAUUUCAUGAUGUCUCUUAAUAUAAAACUCCUUAAUUACGGCAACUUUUAGACUCUUUGGCCCAUUUUUCUGUGCUAGAAAUGCGCACUCUCUCCGCUUUUAGACUCUUUGGCCGUUUUUCUGCGCUCGAAAUGCGCACUCUCUCCGCUUUUAGACUCUUUGGCCCGUAUUUCUGCGCAAGAAAUGCGCACUCUCUCCACUUUUAGACUCUUUGCCCCGUAUUUCUGCGCAAGAAAUGCGCACCCUCUCAGCUUUUAGACUCUUUUGCCUCGUUUUUCUGCACUAGAAAUGCGCACCCUCUCUGCUUUUAGACUCUUUGGCCCGUUUUUCUGCGCUAGAAAUGCAGAGUGAGAAAUGUUCUAAUAAUGGUUUGCAUCACACAUUUUCAAAACGUUCCUAAAACAUUUUUUUUUUACUUUCUGCCAACGUCGCUGCAACAGUUUUCCAUAAUGUUGGGUAUUCAUCAAGCUAUGAGAAUCUAAUACUAAUGGUGUUGUAAUGCAAACCAUUAGUCUUAUUAUUGCAUGUUUUUUAAAACAAAUAUUUCUGUAACGUUGCAGUCUCUUCAAAACGUUGCUAAACAUUCUUCUAACGUUCUCUGUCAGCUGGGUAUUAUCUACGUUCUCUCUCUCGCUGAUCUCGGUGUUCCAGAAGCCUGAUUAUUGAAUAAUAAGCAUUCCUAAGACAGCGCAGCGUUCGGCACCUGAUGAUUGUUGGUAGGUGGGGCACCGAGUGCCGUUCUUCAUGCAGAUGUCCAGCCGCUCAGUGCUCUGUGAAUGUUAAAUAUGUUUGUGUGUGUGUGUGUGUGUGUGUUGCACAGUGGGGAAAUGAUCAGGGUUUUUGCCUCUGUAUUGCUGUUAACUUCUCAGCCAGCCACGUCAUACUUUUGGGAUAAAAAAGUAAAAAUCACCCACCUUCUUAAAAAAAAAAAAAAAAGUGGACCUGUUUAACAUGUUUGAUUUUUUUUACUCUUUUUUUGUUUGUUUGUUUGUUUGUUUUUAAGUCAUUUAGUUGUAGCUUUGUCGUAUCGUACUGUAAUUAAUUGAACUGUACUUUUUUUGUUUAAUGUUCGGUGGUCUGAUUUUACCAUUCAGACGGUCUUUCUGAACUUUCAUCCCCUUAUUCUGUACAUUUUUCCUUUCCCUCUUGAUCUGAUUUAACUGACCCGUGUAGCAUUGCCAAAUGUAUGUAAUUUUGUGUCUGUAAAGGUUAAUAUUUUUAAUGUUCUGUUCUGUCUAUUAGCACUUAUUCCUUUUCUCAUUUUUAAUUUUUUGUUAAAUAUGAAUCAUUGAAUUUAUCAACCAGCCUAUUCCGAUGUAAGACUGGAUACCUCUGUUUCCCUAGAACUAGAAUAAAACACUUAGGAAGGUGGUUCUCGAAUCAGUACUCAGGGACCCCUAAACAGACUAGAUUUUGUUCUCCAAAUGGCACAAGGAAAAAAAAAAAAACCUCAAAAUACAAGUUUCAAAUGCGUUUUGAUGCUCCACUAACUGUAAUAUACAGCUCUAGAAAAAUUAUAAAAGAAGAGACCACUUAAUGAUGCUUUUCCUUGAUUUUACCAAAUUGAAAAUCUCUGGAAUAUAAUCAAGAGGAAGAUGGAUGAUCACAAGCCAUCAAACCAAACUGAACUGCUUGAAUUUUUGCACCAGGAGUAAAGGCAUAAAGUUAUCCGAAAGCAGUGUGUAAGACUGGUGGAGGAGAACAUGAUGCCAAGAUGCAUGAAAACUGUGAUUAAAAACCAGGAUUAUUCCACCAAAUGUAGAUUUCUUUGCAUUAUUUGAGGUCUGAAAGCUCUGCAUCUUUUUUGUAAUUUCAGCCAUUUCUCAUUUUCUGCAAAUACAUGCUCUAAAUGAUCAUAUUUUUAUCUAGAAUGUGGGAGAAAUGUUGCCCGUAGUUUAGAAUUUAGAAUAAAACAGUAAAGUUCUUUUUCCUCAAACAUGUACCUAUAAAUAGCAAAAUCAGAGAAACUGAUUCAGAAACUGAUUUAGAAACUGAAGUGGUCUCUUAAUGUUUUCCAGAGCUGUAAAUUGAAGCAUCUCUAUUGUUGUGGUACACUGCUAACUACACACUGUGUAACUUUGGUGAAGCAUAAAAAACGUGUGUAAGGAAACAAAUGCUGUGAUGAGCAUCACGUGUAUAGAAAACACUAUAAUAUCACUUUGCCUCAGUUCACAUGCAUCUUUCACUUUUAGUGACCAAUUGUAAAUCUCCCAGCUUGUCCAGAAAUGCAUGUGUAACAUUUUUCGUCUUUUUAGUGGUGGCUCAAUGCGCAAAUUACACUCUCUGACUGUAGGGAAGCCAAAGAGCCAAAAAAAAUAAAAAUAAAAAUCCAGAUUACUUUUAGAGCUGUGUAAAUACAUCAAACUGAUCUUAUUCAAUCAGAUCAGAAACAUUUUUAUAUAUUUUAUAUGGUUAGUACUGCUAUUAAUUAAAUUUUUUUAGAAUUUUUUUCUGUGUAGAAAAAUAGAGCGCUGAUACAUUUGCUACACAGCAUUAUAGGAGAAUUGGUAGUGUUUUUGUUGUGCUGUGAUGCACCCUUGAAGAACACUUUACACGUUAUACUUUACACAUGCUUUUCUGGACAAGCUGAGAGUUACUCAGGAUGUUAUUUCAGAAAGUGUAAGAAGCAUGUGGACUGAGGUGAUUGAUCAUUAUUACUAAUAUUACACUUUUCUCUUGGGUUAUGCAGAAUUACAUAGUUCUUGUGAACGUUUUUUUUUUCUGCUUCACCAGAGUUACAUAGUGCAGUAUGGAGUUCAGCAAACCUGGAGUAGCAAUGAUGGAGUUCAUAUUCAUAUUCUCCUGAUUUACAGGUCUGUGGAGCAUCAAUUCUUGUUUUUUUUUUUUUUUUUCUUUUUUUUACGCUGAUACAUGAAGGUAAACUUUUUUUUUUUUCGAGGCUUAAAACUGAACCACAGGGAAAGAGCAAAUUAUGUGGAUCAACUGGGGCUCACUGAGAACCGGGUUUCGUAAACCAUUGAAUUAGGAAACUAUGCACCUAAUACUUUUACUGCACAGCGGAAAGAUUUUAUCAAGCGUUUUUUAUAUAGAGGAAGGGAUUUCUCAGAAAUGUACCUAUAUUUUAUGGUUCUUGUAUGCGUAAUCGAGUCAUAAAGUGUCUAUUUUUCUUCUAAAGAUGACAGUAAUUUUACAAGAAUGCUCUAUAUUUUCCUGCAGUUUGGUUUUAAAAACAACACUGCCCCCUAAAGUGUGUGCAAUUUUAGAUAUAAUAUAGAUAUAAUACAAUUAAGAACAUAAAAACUAAACAUAUCAUGUUAGAAUAAGCCAGCCUGUGUUAUAAAAUGAAACGAAAAGGUACAUUAUUUUGACACACAUGCUUUUUUUCAGCUUAUGUGUUUUGCCUAGUAGUCUGAAGUUUGUGACUCGCAGCUCAAACGUUUACAAAACUGUCGAUUGGCGUACAUGUUGUACUUAAUGUGAAUGUUGAAGAGGAGGUAAAAUAUUAAAGUAAAAUCUCUCUC